AUGGCAGACAUGCCAGCAACGGUGACUCACACCACCUUCACGAAGUCGUUAUCCCCAGGCCUGGACUCUUUGAUUAUCGUGGCUUCCCCUCGGGCACUGAUUAAGCCUCUGGGUCUUCUCCGGCUGUUGCAGUUGUCGUCUACCGGCAUGGCUUUCUUACUAGUGGUCUAUAUGGGUGCCUGGAUGGGCCCCAUGGGAAGCUGGUGCCUUUUCUCAUGGUGUUUCAGCUUCGCCAUGACACUGAUCGUCCUGGCGGUGGAGUUGGCUGGACUCCAGAGACGCUUGCCCCUGUCCUGGCAGGAUUUCCCCAUCACCUGUGCCUGCUAUGCUGUACUCUUCUGCCUGUCCUCGUCCGUCAUCUACCCUAUUACCUAUGUGCGCUUCAUGUCUCACGAUCACGUCAGAAAUUAUGCUGUCUGCGCCAUUAUCUUCUCGUGCAUCUCUUGUGUGUCUUAUGCGACAGAAGUGACCUGGACUCAUUCAAGGCCUGGAGAUAUCGCUGGCUACAUGGCUUCUACAACUGGGAUGCUCAAGGUUUUCGAGUCCUUCGUAGCUUGCAUCAUCUUUCUCUUCCUCAACAACCCACAACUGUAUAGGCAGGAACCUGCCCUGGAGUGGUGCCUGGCCGUGUACAUCAUAUGUUUCAUCCUGACUGUGGUGGUGAUUCUGCUCUACCUGGGGAAAUGCACCAGCAUCCUGCCCAUCCCAGUCCCCACCUUCUUGACCGGCAUGAGUUUCCUGUGUGUCCUCUUGUACACCACCGUCAUCGUCCUCUGGCCUCUGUACAAGUUUAAUGAAGGGUUUCAUGGUGUGCCCCAUCGAGACAUGGAUUCGAGCUGCAAUUAUAAACAUGCCCACUCCGUGUGUGCCUGGGACCGCCAGCUGGCAGUGACAUUCUUGACUGGAGUCAACCUGCUGGCAUAUACUGCUGACUUCAUGAACUCUAGCUAG